CGAUGUGGAAACCCUAGGAAAUCAACAUAUUGGGGCGGGGUGGGGUUGGUUUUCCUGCUUCGACGAGGUGGAAGAGGGGAAAGGCUACGUUUCCUGUGAAUUUCGGCUCUCUCUCUCUCUUCAUCUCCUUCUGUUUUCUUUGUUGCUCAAACUCUCUUACAUAAUCUGAGAUUUAAAAUCUUAAAAUGGAGAUUAUCUUCGAACAGCAGUCUGAUAUCUAAGCUGCGAGAAUUCUCUCUCCAUUUUUGUGCCUGGAGGCAUCAUCCUUUUGAUGAUCACUUGAUUCUCUUUCUCAUGCUAGUCUCUUAAUUAGCUACUUACAUCUAUUCCCUUUAGAAAAAUUAAUCAUUCACUUUCAACUCCUACAAUUCAUAUCUCAUGGCCAAGUUUGAAUCAAGAUUCUCACUCAUGAACUCCUGCUGCCCUUUCAUUUUGUUUCUCCCUCCCAAUAUCUGUAUACCUUUGUCUACAAAUAUUCCUGGAUUCUGCUUCCGCCACAGUCUUUUACAAGCUCACAUUAGGUACUUGAGAUGCCGAGAGGAAGGAGCUCAGCUGUGGCUUCAAAGCCUGUUGAAGAAGAACCAGAGGAGCAGGUGGAUCUUGGUGCAGAAGAGGUUAUAGAGGAGGAGGAAGUUGAAUAUGAAGAAGUAGAAGAAGAAGUGGAGGAAGAGGAGGAGGUGGAGGAAGAGGAAGACGAAGAGAUUGAAGAAGAGCAAGAAGAGGAGGACGAAGAGCAAGAGCAAGAUGCUGCUAUCUCUAUUGGGAAUGAUGCAGAAGACCACAAUGUUGAUGAAGCAGAAGACAUGAAGACUGAUGAAGAUGAUUCUGGUGAACGUGAGAAGCAUGCAGAACUUGUUGCACUUCCUCCUCAUGGUUCAGAAGUUUAUGUAGGUGGCAUUCCAAAGGAUGCAAAUGAAGAGGAUUUGAGAGGCAUUUGCGAGCCUAUUGGUGAAGUUACAGAGGUCAGGAUUAUGAAGGGGAAAGACUCUAACGAGAACAAGGGUUAUGCUUUUGUGACAUUCAGAACCAAGGAAUUGGCUCAGAAAGCUAUUGAAGAACUUAAUAAUACAGAAAUUAAGGGAAGGAAACUGAAAUUUUCAUCAUCUCAAGCAAAACAUCGGCUGUUCAUUGGUAAUGUUCCAAAGAACUGGGGAGAAGAGGACUUGAAUAAAGUAGUAACUGAUGUUGGUCCUGGAAUAGUUGGUAUUGAACUGUUGAAGGACCCGCAAAACUCCAGUCGAAAUCGCGGAUUUGCUUUCAUUGAAUAUUACAAUCACGCAUGUGCUGACUAUUCCAAGCAAAAGAUGUCAAACCCUCAAUUUAAGCUUGAUGGGAAUGCACCAACCAUUAGCUGGGCAGACCCUAAGAACAGCUCUGACAAUGCAGCUUCGGCUCAGGUGAAGGCAAUUUAUGUAAAAAAUCUGCCAAAAGGUGUUACUCAAGAACAGCUAAAGGAGUUAUUUGAACACCACGGUGAAAUCACGAAGGUUGUCUUGCCUCCUACUAAACCUGGACAUGAGAAUAGCGGUUUUGGCUUUAUUCAUUUUGCUGAGAGAUCGAGCGCAAUGAAAGCUCUCAAAAAUACUGAAAAAUAUGAACUUAAUGGCCAAGUUCUUGAAUGUUCACUUGCAAAGCCUCAGGCAGACAAAAAGUCAGAUGGCCCUUCAAACACACAGAAAAGUGGACUCAUCUCCAAUUACCCCCGUGUUGGUUAUGGUGUGGUAGGUGGCAUGUAUGGUGCCCUGGGUGCUUCUGGGUAUGGAGCUGGCUUUGCACAGCCUAUGAUCUACGGUAGGGGCCCUACACCAGCAGGCAUGACCAUGGUGCCGAUGUUACUGCCUGAUGGACGAAUUGGAUAUGUCUUGCAACAACCUCCGGUUGCUGCGUCCACUUCACUGCAAAGAGGGGGUCGGAGUGGUGGUGGUGCUGGGAGUAGCGGGAGAUCAAGUGGUGGCAAGAACAGUGGAGGGGACAACCGUGGGCGUAGGUAUCGCCCUUACUGAUUCUCUGUCAAAGCACAUCGACUGUCAGAGAAGAUAAAAAACUAUAUCUCCUGCGUUCUGGUGAUCAUGAAGGUUGUGUUGGAUAUGUACUAGAUUCCGGGUUACAUGAAAUGGUACUGCCCUCGAACUGGGGCAGUUGCUAUGCUUCUCUUUGGGCCCUGCAGUAUUCCUACAUUUGGUGUAUACCUGCUUCAAAGAGUUAAAAAAAGAAAAGAAAACGUAGUGUAUUUAAGUUGAAUUCGUUUGGGCUCUUCAAUUUGUUCGGUCUCCCAUUCCACCGUCUUCAAUUGUACCGUACGGGUUAAAUGUUCUCCAGUUGUUGAUAAUUGGAGCAAUCCGAAAUGCUCCUCUUCCUGUCAGGACGUCGUUCUGCAUAUUUGGUCGUUGUGGAUGGUUUUUGGUAUGCCAAUCAACCAUGUUUCUCCGUCAGUCAUUUUCUUAAUCUAGCACUAUUAUGUAACCCUUGUGCACCAUUCGGAGCACCGAGGCCGAUGUAUUGACCAUGGUCAAGUGAUUAAUAUAUUAAUCUUUAGGA